UCCCCCACAGACGCACACACAUUCUUAUUAUUGUCUUUCACCAAUGUCUUCUUCCUCCUUCUUCACGAACUACCCUCUCAUCUCUGCGUUUCUUGCCUUCGCUAUUGCCCAAUCCAUCAAGUUCUUCACCUCCUGGUAUAAGGAAAGAAGAUGUGAUUUCAAGCAACUUUUAGCAUCUGGUGGGAUGCCUUCAUCACAUUCUGCUACAGUUAUUGCUCUCGCUGCCGCGGUCGGGGUCCAAGAAGGCUUUGGAGGAGCAAUAUUUGCAACUGCAUUGAUUUUAGCAACCAUUGUAAUGUAUGAUGCAACCGGUGUGAGAUUACAUGCUGGCCGGCAGGCACAGGUCUUAAACCAAAUUGUUUGUGAAUUACCCGCUGAACAUCCUCUGGCUGAGAGCAGACCGUUACGAGAACUUCUCGGUCACACUCCUCCCCAGGUUAUUGCUGGUGGAUUGCUUGGUGCUAUUACAGCAGCCACCGGUCAUUUAAUUAUGCUGGCGGCUGCUAGGUAAGGUUGAUGCUUGUUGUAGAUCAUAGAUAGAUAGCAUUCAAUGAACAGCUUCGAACGGUUGAACUUGUACUGGCUACACGAAAAGAACCUCAAUUUGAAUAUCUUUUGGCCUCAUUGGAGAUUUCUGAGAUUUGAAUUCUAAGUAUCAGAUGCCUAAUGAUGAAAUGCUGUUAACUUUGGGUUUUGGGAUUACCUUCAAUUCACUUUAACCAUUAGCAUCUUCAUUUUUAGUACAAUACAUGUAUAUGGAACCAUGGGACUUGCUUUAAUAUGAUGAAAUAUAAUGAUUG